AUGGAUGAGGCGCGCGCGGAAGCGUGGGAGGUUAUGUUCAGCGUCGUCGACGAGCUGCUCGCCAAGACCGGGGUGAAGUCCAAAGACAUCGGCGUUCUCGUCGUGAAUUGCAGCAUGUUCAACCCGACACUGUCCGCCAUGGUGGUGAACCACUACAAGCUGUGCGGGAACGUCGUCAGCUAUAACCUCAACGGACCCGAACUCGUCAUCAUCCACACACUUCCCACGCUGCCCAUCAUCCGCUUCGUCUUCGGCCUCUUUGGCCUCUUCUUCUCCAUCGGCGGCUCGACGCUGCCUUCGACAAGCUCUGGACAUUGUUUCUACUUCGGCGAGGAGCUGCUCUCCGUUAGGAACGUCAAGUGCAUCGUCGAGUUCGCCAUGAGCCGAGGCGUCCGCGUUGUGCCGAAGAUAAACUUGCCAGGCCGCACGAUGUCAUGGGCCGGCGCGUACCCGGAGGCCGUGUCGUGCGCGGGAAGGUUAUGGCUGCCCGGGGUUGACCGGAACAAGCGUCUGGUGGUGGAAUCGGGCGCCAGCCCCAUAUCCAUCCUCUUGAACAUAUAG